CGGGAGGCUCGGGUUGCGGGCUCCGGGCGCUAGCUCCUGUCAGUCGGUGGGUCGGUCCUCCCGCCGGCCCUCCCCCUCCGCGUCCUCCGGGGGAGGCGCGGCGGAGUCCGCCCCCGGGAUCCCCCGAUGGGGGAGAAGCGGCGACGGCGGCAACGGAAUAACCGAGCCGGAGCGUGAGCGGCCCCGGGGCCCGGCUGCCCGCGGAGGCCAUGGGCGACCCAGCCCCCGCCCGCAGCCUGGACGACAUCGACCUGUCCGCCCUGCGGGACCCUGCUGGAAUCUUCGAGCUGGUGGAAGUGGUUGGCAAUGGAACGUACGGACAGGUGUACAAGGGUCGGCACGUCAAGACUGGGCAGCUGGCUGCCAUCAAGGUCAUGGACGUCACGGAGGAUGAGGAGGAGGAGAUCAAACAGGAGAUCAACAUGCUGAAGAAAUACUCUCACCACCGCAACAUCGCCACCUACUACGGGGCCUUCAUAAAGAAGAGCCCCCCCGGGAAUGAUGACCAGCUCUGGCUGGUGAUGGAGUUCUGUGGUGCUGGUUCCGUGACAGACCUGGUAAAGAACACGAAAGGGAACGCUCUGAAGGAAGACUGUAUCGCCUACAUCUGCAGGGAGAUUCUCCGGGGUCUGGCCCAUCUCCAUGCCCACAAAGUGAUCCAUCGGGACAUCAAGGGGCAGAAUGUGCUGCUGACGGAGAAUGCCGAGGUCAAGCUAGUGGAUUUUGGGGUGAGUGCUCAGCUGGACCGCACUGUGGGCAGGCGGAACACUUUCAUCGGGACCCCCUACUGGAUGGCCCCGGAGGUCAUCGCCUGUGACGAGAACCCCGAUGCUACCUACGACUACAGGAGUGACAUUUGGUCUCUAGGAAUCACAGCCAUCGAGAUGGCAGAGGGGGCCCCCCCUCUGUGCGACAUGCAUCCCAUGCGAGCCCUCUUCCUCAUCCCCCGGAACCCACCCCCCAGACUCAAGUCCAAGAAAUGGUCUAAGAAGUUCACCGACUUCAUUGACACGUGUCUCAUCAAGACCUACCUGAGCCGCCCGCCCACGGAGCAGCUGCUCAAGUUCCCGUUCAUCCGCGACCAGCCCACGGAGCGGCAGGUCCGCAUCCAGCUCAAGGACCACAUCGACCGCUCCCGGAAGAAGCGAGGCGAGAAAGAGGAGACGGAGUACGAGUACAGCGGCAGCGAAGAGGAGGACGACAGCCACGGGGAGGAAGGCGAGCCCAGCUCCAUCAUGAAUGUGCCCGGGGAGUCGACGCUGCGCCGGGAGUUCCUGCGGCUGCAGCAGGAGAACAAGAGCAACACGGAGGCCCUGAAGCAGCAGCUGCAGCAGCAGCAGCAGCGCGACCCCGAGGCGCACAUCAAGCACCUCCUGCACCAGCGCCAGCGCCGCAUCGAGGAGCAGAAGGAGGAGCGGCGGCGCGUGGAGGAGCAACAGCGGCGCGAGCGGGAGCAGCGGAAGCUGCAGGAGAAGGAGCAGCAGAGGCUCGGGGACAUGCAGGCCCUGCGGCGGGAGGAGGAGCGGCGGCAGGCCGAGCGCGAGCAGGAGUACAAGCGGAAGCAGCUGGAGGAGCAGCGGCAGUCCGAGCGGCUCCAGAGGCAGCUGCAGCAGGAGCACGCCUACCUCAAGUCCCUCCAGCAGCAGCAAGGCCUGCCCGGGGACAGGAAGCCACUGUACCAUUACGGCCGGGGCGUCGGUCCCGCCGACAAGCCGGCCUGGGCCCGAGAGGUCGAGGAGCGAACGAGGAUGAACAAGCAGCAGAACUCCCCCUUGACCAAGACCAAGCCCAGCAGCACAGGGCCUGAGCCCACCCUCCCCCAGGCCGCCCCAGGGCCCCCGGGCCCCCUUUCCCAAACUCCUCCUAUGCAGAGGCCGGUGGAGCCCCAGGAGGGACCGCACAAGUCCCUGCAGGACCAGCCCACCCGAAACCUGGCUGCCUUCCCAGCCUCCCAUGAGCCUGACCCCGCCGUCCCCACGCCCACUGCCACGCCCAGCGCCCGGGGAGCAGUCAUCCGCCAGAAUUCAGAUCCCACCUCCGAAGGGCCUGGCCCCAGCCCGAACCCCCCAGCCUGGGUCCGGCCUGAUCCUGAGGCCCCACCCAAGGUGCCUCAGAGGACCUCCUCCAUCGCUGCCGCCCUCAAUACCAGUGGGGCUGGAGGGGCCCGGCCCACUCAGGCUGUCCGCGCCAGACCUCGCAGCAACUCCGCCUGGCAAAUCUAUCUGCAAAGGCGGGCAGAGCGGGGCACCCCCAAGCCUCCAGGGUCCCCCGCUCAGCCCCCUGGCCCGCCCAACGCCUGUAGCAACCCUGACCUCAGGAGGAGCGACCCUGGCUGGGAGCGCCCAGAAGGCGCCCUCCCCUCUCAUGGGCACCUGCCCCAGGCUGGCUCGCUGGAGCGGAACCGCGUGGGAGCCUCCUCCAAACUGGAUAGCUCCCCAGUGCUCUCCCCCGGCCACAAAGCCAAGCCUGAGGACCACCGCUCCCGGCCAGGCCGGCCUGCAGAUUUCGUGCUGUUGAAAGAGCGAGCCCUGGACGAGGCCCCGCGGCCUCCCAAGAAGGCCAUGGACUACUCGUCGUCCAGCGAGGAGGUGGAGAGCAGCGAAGACGAGGAGGAAAGCAACGGCGAGCCAUCCGAGGGGAGCAGAGACACCCCCGGGGCCCGUGACGGGGACACCGACAGCGUCAGCACCAUGGUGGUCCACGACGUGGAGGAGGUAGCCGGGACCCAGACCCCCUAUGGGGGCGGCACCAUGGUGGUCCAGCGCACUCCCGAGGAGGAGCGCAGCCUGCUCCACGCGGACAGCAACGGCUACACGAACCUCCCCGACGUGGUGCAGCCCAGCCACUCGCCCACCGAGAGUGGCAAAGGUCACAGCCCCCCCUCGAAGGAUGGAGGCGGCGACUACCAGUCUCGCGGGCUGGUGAAGGCCCCUGGCAAGAGCUCAUUCACGAUGUUCGUGGACCUAGGGAUCUACCAGCCUGGAGGCAGUGGGGACACCAUCCCCAUCACAGCCCUGGUUGGGGGGGAGGGCAGCCGGCUGGAUCAGCUCCAGUACGACGUGCGGAAAGGCUCCGUGGUCAAUGUGAACCCCACCAACACCCGUGCCCACAGCGAGACCCCCGAGAUUCGGAAGUACAAGAAGCGGUUCAAUUCAGAGAUUCUCUGUGCGGCCCUAUGGGGUGUCAACCUGCUGGUGGGCACGGAGAACGGCCUGAUGCUGCUGGACCGAAGCGGGCAGGGCAAGGUGUACGGGCUCAUCGGGCGGCGGCGCUUCCAGCAGAUGGACGUGCUGGAAGGGCUCAACCUGCUCAUCACCAUCUCAGGGAAAAGGAAUAAACUGCGGGUGUAUUACCUGUCUUGGCUCCGGAACAAGAUUCUGCACAACGACCCAGAAGUGGAGAAGAAGCAGGGCUGGACCACCGUGGGGGACAUGGAGGGCUGCGGGCACUACCGCGUGGUGAAAUACGAGCGCAUUAAGUUCCUGGUCAUCGCUCUCAAAAGCUCCGUGGAGGUGUACGCCUGGGCCCCCAAGCCCUACCACAAGUUCAUGGCCUUCAAGUCCUUCGCCGACCUCCCUCACCGCCCCCUGCUGGUCGACCUGACAGUGGAAGAGGGUCAGCGGCUCAAAGUCAUCUAUGGCUCCAGCGCGGGCUUCCACGCCGUGGACGUGGACUCGGGCAACAGCUACGAUGUCUACAUCCCCGUGCACAUCCAGAGCCAGAUCACCCCGCACGCCAUCAUCUUCCUCCCCAACACCGACGGCAUGGAGAUGCUGCUCUGUUACGAGGACGAGGGCGUCUACGUGAACACCUACGGGCGGAUCAUCAAGGACGUGGUGCUGCAGUGGGGAGAGAUGCCCACCUCUGUGGCCUACAUCUGCUCCAACCAGAUCAUGGGCUGGGGCGAGAAAGCCAUCGAGAUCCGCUCGGUGGAGACCGGCCACUUGGACGGCGUCUUCAUGCACAAACGGGCCCAGAGGCUCAAGUUCCUGUGCGAGCGGAACGACAAGGUGUUUUUCGCCUCAGUGCGCUCCGGGGGCAGCAGCCAAGUUUACUUCAUGACGCUGAACCGUAACUGCAUCAUGAACUGGUGAUGGCGCAGCCGUGCCCACAGCCAGACCCCCCAGGCCGCCCUUCUUUCCCCUCCCCGGGCUUUUGCUUUUGACUGGUUUGAUUCACUGGAGCCUGCUGGGAACGUGACCUCUGACCCCUGAUGCUUUUGUGAUCACGUGACCAUCCUGUCUGUCUCCUGCCCGCCCCCCCAUACGUUCUUCUCUCCAGAACUGUGCCUGUCCCGAUUCCAGGGAGAGGUACAGCUUCCCCUUCCCCGGAAUCGGGAUGGCCGAGCCCCACCCCCCUUUUCUCCGCUUCAGAGGAGAGUGCUUGGGGCGUGGACCCCGGACCCCACUGCUGCUGACCGGGCAGGGCCCUGGGCCCCUUCAUUUGCACGUCAGGGGAGCCGGCUUCCCCCCUUGAAUGUACCAGACCCUGGGGGGGGUCACUGGGCCCUAGGUUUCAGGGGGGUCGCCCGCCACUCCAGGGGCAGGGACCAUUUCCUCAUUUUCUGAAAGCACUUUAAUGAUUCCCCUCCCCCCAAACCCCAGGGACUGGAGGGGGGACCCCGCCAGCCAAAACAUUUCCCCCUUUCCAACCCCAUUUCUUUCUAGCCUCUGUCCUUCCCUGGUGGAGGGAGGGAGCAGGGAGCUCUCGCCCCCCGCCCCGCACCCCCUUGCUUGCCUCUGUAUAUAGUGUGAGCAGCAAGUAGCCCCAUCCUGCCCCGCUCCUUCUCAAUGUAGUGGCCUUGGAUAUUCCGUUUGUUAAUAAAGACAAUUCAACCAGC